GGAAUGAAGUGUCAAGUAAAAACCAAAACAAACCUUUCACUUGCAUAUUCAUUCAAUGCUGUUCGUAGUAAUAAAUACAAAUUUAUAAAUGUUAGUGAAGAUUAAAGAAAUGGAAGAAGUUUUUAUUGAGGAUACUAUUGUCAAAACAGAAUAUACCAUUCAGGAAGAAGUCCAGGAUUCAUUUUCUGGUUAUGCUCGAGAAAUAGUAAAUUUUGAGAUACAAGAAUUGAAUGAGGAGGAAAAGAAGAAGGAUAGGAAAUACAAAUGUGAGACAUGUGGAAAGCUAUUUCAAAGGAAAUCCUACCUGUGGAGACAUGAACUAAGUCAUACAGGAACUAAGAAUUUUCAUUGCAAUAUCUGUCCUAAGAGUUAUACUAGAAAACUAUCCCUAAACAAUCACAUGCUAGUCCAUUUUCCUGUAGAUCCAGUCACAUGUACAAUUUGCCAGAAAACUUUAAAGAAUAGAGAUACCCUCAGAAGGCACAUGAAAAUCCAUUCGGCGGAAAGAAUCCACGAAUGCGGCAUUUGUGGCUUCAAAUUUUAUCACAAAGCCAAUGUAAGGCGUCACAUUAGAGAUGUGCAUAAGCAAAACCCAGAAUAUCCCGUAGCACGUCCUAAAAGGACCCUCCCACCAUGUCGACUCUGCGGAAAAAGCUUCUGGAAGGAUGGAGAAUAUACCUCUCAUAUGCUGGAAGAGCAUAAUGAUGACAAACCAUUUGAAUGUGCCAUUUGUUUGAAGAAAUUCAAAGUGAAACUCUAUCUUACAAGGCAUAUGGGUCUUCAUGAGACAGACAAGGCAUUCUCCUGUGAAGUUUGUGGACAGUCUUUCAGGAAGAGAGUGUAUCUGAAGAUGCAUCAAGUGAGGGUGCAUAAAUGUGAGGAAAAAAACAAGAAUAAUGCUGUACAGACUGAACAUGAAAACGUUCAGGAAGUAGACAAUAAGCCCUUCGAAUGUUCUAUAUGCCUCAAAAAAUUCAAACGGAAAAUCUAUCUCAAGAAACAUAUGGUUCGUCAUGAAACAAAUAAACCAAAUACUCCAUACUCCUGCACAAACUGCAAGAUAUCCUUCAAGACGAAGGAAUAUUUCUGGAGGCAUCAAGCAAAGCAUCAUAAAACAAAGAUUGAGAAAAUUUCGAAGUCGAAAGAAAAAUCUGACCAAGAAAUAGAGGCAAAGGUUAAAGAAGAAAACUCAGAUGACUGCUGUAUGGAACUUCCUAACAAAACUCAAUUGAAUCCUGAAUAUUGUUCUGUUAUCAAGAUUGAAAAAGAAUAAGCCUGAAACAUUUUGAAAUUUAAAAAUAAUAAAAAUGAGUAUUUAUAAACAGUA